UACAACACAGAGCUUUCUUUUAUUAGGCUUGACCUGAGGACACGAGACGGCACGUACGGCUUCAUUGAACACAUCCUUAAGGCCUUCCCCUGUGAGGGCCGAGCACUCCAAGUACUUAACGGCGCCGAUAUCCUUAGCCAUGGCCAGGCCCUGGGGCUUAAGGAACGUAAACAGACACCCAUUACUUACCCCCAGGUCCUGGCCAUGACUAAGGAUAUCGGCGCCGUUAAGUACUUGGAGUGCUCGACCCUCACAGGGGAAGGCCUUAAGGAUGUGUUCAAUGAAGCCGUACGUGCCGUCCCAUGUCCUCAGGUCAAGCCUAAUAAAAGGAAGCACUGUGUUGUACUUUAA